AUGUCAUCUAUUUUCGAGAAGCUGGAUAAAUUAAAGGAACCCGGCGAUGGGGACAUUCAGAAAAUGAGUAUUGUUCCAAAGAACGAAAAGCUUGACGUGUUGGACUUACGCAUGGUGGACACUAGCGCAGGAGAAACACGUACGGGAAUGCUAAGCCUAACGGAUUCGAAACUUGCUAACUUGCGAAAGAUCACCACUGACAGAGGGCGUCAGUUUGAGAGCAGCCUCUUCAACGCCUUCACAAAGCUGCUCGGCACCACCAGGCUCCGCACCACUUCAUACCAUCCCGCAUCAAACGGCCUCGUCGAGCGCCUUCACCGACACCUCAAGACCGCGCUCAUGGCUAGCGAGGACCGUGACCAUUGGGUUAACCACUUACCCCUGGUGCUCCUGGGCAUCCGUGCCGCCCUGAAGCCCGACCUAGGCUGCAGCUCCGCCGAACUUGUGUACGGGUCUGCUCUUCGGCUCCCCGCGGAUUUCUUCGUCCCUCCACAACACCCGCCCGCGGAGUAUCUCCAACGCCUCCAACGUUUCUUCGCCUCCCUUCGGCCGACCCCCACCCGUACGGACUCCUCCCGCAAGGUCCACGUCCCGCAGGAGCUCGCAACAGCGACACACGUCUUUCUCCGCACAGACGCCGUCCGUCGGGCGCUAACGCCUCCAUAUUCAGGGCCACACACCAUCCUCAGCAGGGGCGAGAAGACUUUCCGCAUUUCCAUCCGUGGACAGCCUGAAACCGUAUCCGCUGAUCGAGUCAAGCCUGCCUUCGUCGAAUGCCCUACCAUUGCGGCCUCCUCAGCUCCGGAAGACGCCUCCGACGCCCCACCACGGACACCUACACCGACGUCGCCACCCUCCACAUCCGCUCCGCCUGCCCCCUCUCCUAAACGGGUGCACUGGUCGGACAGCCCUUGUCUGUCUCUAGCGGGGGGGCCUUGUGGCAGCCGACGAAGAAUAAGUUGCCACCGCUACGCGCCGCGCGACAUGCGCUUCCCUGGCAUUCUGUGCCAGGCAGUUCAGUCCUCUGGCAGCCACUGA